AUGGCAGAAGCAACAUGGGCGCCGUCGCCUGUUCCUUUUGCUAAUAUUGAAUACAGCCUCGACCACGAGGAGAGGACCCGAAAACGUAUUGCCCGUGAAUCGCACAAACAAUCGCAGGACUCCCAGAAGCUUAAAGGCCUACGAGCUAAACUCUUCCACAAGAAACGCCAUGCCGAAAAGAUCCAGAUGCGAAAGCGCAUCAAAGCCCAGGAAGAGCGGAAUGUCAAAUCUUCAGGCGAACCAAGCGAGCCAUCGUCUACACCACUGCCAAACUACCUUCUCGAUCGUUCUCAACCUACUACUGCGAAAGCUUUGUCUAGUGCGAUCAAAGACAAGCGUGCCGAGAAAGCAGCGAAGUUUUCUGUCCCUUUGCCAAAAGUUAAGGGUAUAAGCGAAGAGGAGAUGUUCAAAGUCGUCAAAACGGGAAAGAAAAUCCAGAAGAAAGGAUGGAAAAGAAUGGUCACCAAACCUACUUUCGUUGGAGCUGAUUUCACCCGUCGACCAGUCAAAUAUGAAAGAUUCAUCCGGCCUAUGGGUCUUCGAUACAAGAAAGCCAACGUUACUCACCCAGAGCUUGCGGUCACUGUCCAACUGCCUAUUAUUAGCGUGAAAAAGAAUCCACAAAGUCCGAUGUAUACACAACUAGGUGUCUUGACCAAAGGAACUAUCAUCGAGGUCAAUGUGUCCGAGCUGGGGCUCGUUACCACUGGAGGAAAGGUGGUAUGGGGUAAAUGGGCACAAAUCACAAAUAACUGCGAGAAUGAUGGAUGUGUUAAUGCGUAA